GGUCUUAAUUUCUUGUAUUAUAUAAGCAAAGAAGUUUGCAUCCAGCAAAACCAAGAGCAACAAAAAAACACCAAGUAUCAAUUAAACCAAGAAGGUUGUUUUUGAUCCUUCUCUGUUAUUACUUCAAUCUAAAUCUCAAACAUCUCUCCUUUUAAGAUCCAUGGCAGCCAUAGAUACGUUCAAUAGCAGCACAGAUCUCUCCGAUCCUUUCAAAGAGGAGCUCAUGAAAGUACUUAAAACUUUCACCAACUCUGUUUCUUCUCUUCCUCCAACUCCAAACUCAAUAUUCGGUUUCAACCAAACAACACCUCUCUGUCUGAACCAGCUCACACCUUACCAAAUCCACCAGAUCCAAAACCAGCUCAACCAGAGACGAACCACCACCAUCUCAAACCUCUCCCUAAAGCCAGUACCAAUGAAGAACACGACAACUCAGAAACUCUACAGAGGAGUUAGACAAAGGCACUGGGGAAAAUGGGUUGCUGAGAUCCGUUUACCCAAGAACCGGACCCGACUCUGGCUUGGAACUUAUAACACAGCUGAAGAAGCAGCGAUGGCUUAUGAUCAAGCUGCUUACAAGCUCCGAGGAGAAUUAGCUAGGCUUAAUUUCCCACAAAUUAGGCACGAGUAUGGGUACGGUGGUGGUGAUAGAAGCUUGAAGCCUCUUCAUUCCUCUGUUCAGGCAAAGCUCGAGGCGAUUUGUCAAAGCUUGAGAAAAACAGAGGAUGAUGAUCUCCCCUGUUCUGAAACAGAGCCUUUCCCGCCAAAAACAGAGUAUCAAGAACGUGAGUUUGGGCUCUUCAGAGCUGAUGAAAAUUCGAUUUCCUAUGAGUCUCAGGUGGGAUCUUCGUCGCCGGAUUCUGGAAUUACUAAUGCUUUCUUGGAGUUUUCGGAUUUAGGGUUUGAUGACACUGGGAGUUUCGUGCUGGAGAAGUUUCCUUCUGUGGAGAUUGAUUGGGAUGCGAUUAGCAAAUUGUCUGAAUCUUAGGAGUCUGUCUUCGACUCAGUGUCUAAUGAUGUCUCAUAUUAGCUAGUUCCUUAAUCUCUGCAGCUAAAUUUUUACAGUUGUAGAGACUUGCUUAAGGCUUUGUUGUCUAUGUUGUUGUCCAUGUGUUUGGUCUGGCUGGUUUAUGUUGUUUUUUCAGAAACCUUGUCAUUGACUAAUCAGAGAAGUUAAUGUGUAGUCUCUGAUCUUUAAGUUUCUAUUGAAUGUAAAUUAUUUAGUCUUUUCUUUACGAUUUUA